UAUGCGGAUGGAACGUACACAGCGACGUAUGCAGUGGCGAAACGAGGAGAUUACAUGGUGAGGGUGGAGUGCAACGGGCAUCCGAUAUCGGGGAGCCCGUUCCCGGUCUUCUUCAGCGGCGGGAAUGUGCCUCUCGGCGUUAGUAUGAUCCCCACAUCGACACCUAUGCUUGGUGCUUCGUCCUACAUCGGUGUAGGUCAGCAAAUGGGGGCUUUCAGCAUGCCGGGGAUGUUUCCAGCAGGGAGCACAAUGGGAGGAUUGAGUCAAAUGCCCAUGGCGCCGUCUGCUGCAGCAAUGGCUGCUGCACAGAGCAUUGCGGCAGCAAAUGCUUUUCAGGCGGCACAAGCAGCUCAGCAGCAGCAACAACAGCAAGCAGGUGUGUUACAUGAGUUUUUGUUAAUUUAUUUAAAUGAGAAACAAUAAGUUAAUUUUCACAUCCGUUGACAUAUGAUAU